AUGCAAUUGCCUUCUCGUUUUCUAACUAGUGAUGCUGGCACCUUUGGUGAACACACCGCUAGUGUUCGUUGGCCAACUCUAGUUCAAAAUAUGAUCAAUGAUUUAACUUCUGAAUUAACUGAUGAUAUAAUCGGCACUAAUAAGUAUCAACAAGGUUUAAUCAUCAAAGAUCAAUUGAUUGCAUUCCAUGAAGAGAUAUUGGCUGAUAAGAAAUUACGCAAGUUCACUGAAGAAGAAGUAGAAUUGGCAGGUAUCCCUCAUCGCUUUAAUGAAUAUUUAGAUAAUCAAUCAUCUCAUAUUACUUGGCAGGAUUCUGAAUGGUUAUUCGCUGAAAUUUACCUUUAUAGAAGAGUCAACGUGCUUUUCAAGUUUCAAUCGUUAUGGAAGUCAUUCGAUAUUUUUGAUAGAAUUAAGCAAUCAACUUUUAAGUCUUCUCUACACGGUGUUGUCGAAUUAGCCAUAAGAUAUAUGAACUUAAGAGACCAAUUCAAAUCAACAACUGACGAAUCAGUACUACAAAUUCUAUAUAAAGAAUUCGUUGAAAUCUCAUUAUGGGGUAAUGCCACCGAUUUAUCUCUUUUAACUAACGCUACUUUGGAAGAUAUCAAAUCAAUUCAAGGUGCUAAAGCAAGACAAGAAUCUGAAAAAAAAAUUGUGGUCAAUGACACUGAACAAUCUUGGAAUACUAUUUUCAAGAACUAUGGCAAGAAAGAAACUAGAGUUGAUUUCGUUUUGGACAAUUCUGGUUUCGAACUAUAUGCUGAUUUAAUGUUUGCCGCUUUCUUAUUACAAACAAAUUUAGCUUCUCGUUGUAUAUUCCAUGCAAAGGAUAUCCCUUAUAUGGUCAGUGAUGUCAUGUUGAAAGAUUUCGACAUUUUAAUCCAUGACUUGAGAGAUAGAUCCUUCUUCCCUGUUGAAAUAAACUCCGUCGAGGAUAAAGCUUUGAAUAUCUUUGCCAAUGACAUGACUGAUUUCAUGACAAACAACAGACUGGAAUUCCGUGAAGACUCCUUCUGGACUUGUGACCUAGAUUAUUGGAACAUCGACCCAUCUGAAACUAAAUACCAUGGUAAAGAAGUUCACCAAGAUUUAUUGAACUCAGAUUUAGUAAUCUUCAAAGGUGACUUGAACUAUAGAAAGCUAGCCGGGGAUAGAACCUGGGCUCGUACAACUCCAUGGAAAACUGCAAUUGGACCAUUAGCCACUAAUGGUUUAACCACUUUAAGUUUAAGAACUUGUAAGGCUGAUGUCCAAGUCGCUUUACCAGAGGGCUUAGAUGAGCAACUAUGUGCUGAAUAUGAAAAAGAGAAGCCAGGGUUUGGUUCUUGGUGGUGCAGCAGCGGUAAAUGGGCUGUUAUAUGUUUUAAUGACUCUAAAUGA